AAGAAGUCAAAUGCUCACCUGAGGUUUGUGUAGCGUCUUGGUAUAAACAAAAAAGGUUUGAAUAUGAAAUAGUCGAGCUUUCUUGAAGCUAUAAAUAGAUAUAGCAACUGACACAAGUAACUUCAAACUCUAAAACAACAUAAAAUGGCCAUUACCUCCAAAUCCAUAGCUCUAACAAUAAUCUUCCUAUUACUUUCUGUUUCUUGCGCCUCAAGUCAACAAGAAACCAAGUUUCUUAACCAUGGCUUUCUUGGUGCUAACCUCCUCAAGUUCGGUUCUUCCAUUGUCCACCCUAGUGGCCUCUUGGAGCUGACAAACACUUCGAUGAGGCAAAUUGGUCAAGCUUUCCAUGGCUUUCCCAUACCCUUCUCGAAACCUAACUCUUCGAAUUCGAUUUCUUUCUCCACAAGUUUCGUCUUCGCCAUCACUCCAGGACCCGGCGCACCAGGCCACGGCUUGGCUUUCGUCAUUUCACCCUCCAUGGACUUUAGCGGAGCCCUUCCCAGCAAUUACCUAGGCCUCUUCAACACCUCCAACAAUGGAAACUCCUUAAACCGCAUCCUCGCAGUUGAAUUCGACACCGUGCAGGCCGUUGAGUUGAGCGAUAUUGAUGAUAAUCAUGUUGCUAUCGACCUAAACGGAGUGGUCUCCAUUGAGUCUGCAACAGCUGCAUACUUUGAUGACCGAGACGCGAAGAACAUAAGCUUGAGGCUGGCAAGUGGAGACCCAAUCAGAGUCUGGAUCGAAUACAACGCGACAGAGAUGUUGCUCAAUGUCACGUUGGCUCCUCUAGAACGUCCAAAGUCAAACGUGCCUCUUCUCUCAAGAAAAAUGAAUCUUUCCGAGACUUUAUCCGAACAAAACUAUGUUGGAUUCUCUGCAGCCACAGGAACCGUCACGAGCACGCAUCUUGUUCUAGGCUGGAGCUUCAGCAUAGAAGGGAAAGCCACAGAGAUUGACCUAACAAAGCUUCCUUCUAUUCCAAAACCGCCUUCUCCACCGUCUCCAUCCUCAACUCCUCCAGUUUCAGUCAAGAAGGAUUCGAACAACACUAAGCUCAUCAUAAUCUUCGCUGCAUCAGCAACAGGCGUAAUCAUGAUCCUGGCUCUCUUAGGGUUUUGGCUCUUCCGUAGAAGGCAAGUAUUCUUCACAGCAGGCGCAAGAAAAUUCUCUCACCAGAUGAUAUCAAGCGCGACGGGAGGUUUCGACAACUCUAGACUUCUCGGAGAGAGAAACUCAGGAAGUUUCUACAAAGGGAACCUUACUCCUACAGAGAUUAUAGCAGUGAAGAAGAUUACUUGCACCACAAGGCAACAGAAGACAACCCUAAUAGGGGAGAUAGCUUCUAUCUCAAGGCUAAGACAAAGAAACCUUGUUAACCUACUUGGUUACUGCAGCAAAGGUAACGAGGUUUAUCUCGUCUACGAGUACGUCCCCAACGGUAGCCUAGACCGGUUCUUGUUCAGCAAUGACCGACCGGUUCUCACAUGGUCAGACCGGUUCUGUAUCAUAAAGGGUAUUGCGGCAGGACUUCAAUACCUUCACGGCGAGGGUCAAAGACCUUUGAUUCACGGAAACGUGAAAGCCAGCAACGUACUCUUAGACGAAGAGCUACACGCUAGACUAGGAGACUACGGACAAGGAAUCAGGCACAGCAGCACCACGGGACACGUGGCUCCGGAGCUAGUCGAGACAGGGAAGGCUACGCGUGACACAGACGUGUUUGGUUUUGGGGUGUUGGUUAUGGAGAUAGUCUGUGGAAGGAAAGCCAUAGAGCCGACAAAACCACCUGAAGAGAUCAGUUUAGUGAACUGGGUGCUUCAAGGGUUCAAGAAAGGCGAUCUUUUACAGAGAUGCGACACGAGAAUGAACAGAGACGAGUUGGUGGCUAGAGAAGUGUUACUGGUUCUGAAAACCGGACUUCUGUGUGCUAACCGGUCUCAGGAAGCUAGGCCAAUGAUGAAGCAAGUAGUUGGGUAUCUCGACGGUACAGAACGUCUCCCUCAUGACGACUAAAAGAGGUUGUUGUAUUUGAAGCAUUUU